GCUCCGGUCAGUUUAAUUCCAGCCGUCCAACGGAUCAGUUCGGUCGGAAAGAGGGAGCCUCUUAUAAACUCUCGGUGUGGUGUAGGCGCUGGCGCGUUUUUGCUCGAUUAGUGUGUGAGAUUUUGCGUAAUCUGCGGUUUCGAAGUUACGCCGUAUUUAGCGCUAGCUACUACCAGGUACUAGCUCUUAGCCAAGUUUGCUGCUUCUGGUGCUGUUACCAAGUAAACUCCCCGCCUCUGCCACACCAUCAUGGACGCCCAAACGGAACCGGAAGUACCGACGGCAGAAGUCGCCGAGGAACCCUUCCUCGGACCGCUGGACAUCAUCCUACUGAUCGCGCUCGUGGCCGGUGCCGCCUGGUAUUUGCUCAAAAACAAGAAAAAGGAGGCACAAACUAGUCAGUUCAAAUCCUACUCGAUACAGCCCACAACCGUCAACACAAUGACCAUGCAGGAGAAUUCCUUCAUCAAGAAGCUGAAAUCUUCCGGUCGACGGUUGGUCGUGUUCUACGGUUCGCAAACCGGAACGGCCGAAGAAUUCGCCGGUCGAUUGGCCAAGGAAGGUUUGCGGUACCAGAUGAAGGGUAUGGUGGCCGAUCCGGAGGAAUGUGAUAUGGAAGAGCUGCUAUCGCUUAAAGAAAUCGAGAAGUCCCUGGCGGUGUUCUGUUUGGCAACGUACGGCGAGGGAGAUCCUACCGAUAACUGUAUGGAGUUCUACGAAUGGAUUCAGAACAAUGAUCUCGAUUUGGAAGGAUUGAACUAUACGGUAUUUGGUCUGGGUAACAAAACCUACGAGCACUAUAAUAAGGUCGGUAUCUAUGUGGACAAACGUUUAGAGGAACUAGGUGCAACCCGUGUAUUCGAGCUGGGACUCGGAGAUGAUGAUGCUAACAUUGAAGAUGACUUCAUCACCUGGAAGGACAAAUUCUGGCCGGCUGUGUGCGACUUCUUCGGCAUCGAAAGCACCGGUGAGGAUGUGCUGAUGCGACAGUAUCGUUUGUUGGAACAACCGGAAACGGCACCGGAACGGCUAUACACCGGUGAGGUGGCUCGUCUUCAUUCGCUGCAAACUCAGCGUCCACCGUUUGAUGCUAAGAAUCCGUUCAUGGCGCCCAUCAAGAUCAAUCGGGAACUGCACAAAGCCGGUGGUCGAUCUUGCAUGCAUAUCGAGUUCGACAUCGAGGGAUCCAAAAUGCGCUACGAAGCCGGUGACCAUCUGGCCAUGUAUCCGGUCAACGAUAAAGAUUUAGUAGAACGUUUGGGCAAACUGUGUAAUGCCGAUUUGGAAACUAUCUUCUCGUUGAUCAAUACUGAUACCGACAGUAGCAAAAAGCAUCCUUUCCCAUGUCCGACUACUUAUCGAACUGCUCUUACGCACUACCUGGAGAUCACGGCCUUGCCAAGAACGCACAUCCUCAAGGAAUUGGCUGAAUACUGCAGCGAAGAGAAGGAUAAGGAAUUCCUGCGCUUCAUGUCAUCAACGGCACCAGAGGGCAAGGCCAAGUACCAGGAAUGGGUCCAGGACAGCAGUCGCAACAUAGUACAUGUGCUCGAAGACGUUCCGUCGUGCCGGCCACCGAUUGAUCACAUCUGCGAGUUGCUGCCUCGGCUGCAGCCACGUUACUACUCGAUUUCGUCUUCCUCAAAGCUGCACCCGACGACGGUUCACGUGACGGCCGUCCUGGUCAAGUAUGAAACCAAAACCGGACGAGUUAACAAAGGUGUGGCGACUACCUUCCUGGCCGAGAAGCACCCGAUCAAUGGUGAACCCCUGCCACGGGUGCCAAUCUUCAUUCGCAAGAGCCAGUUCCGGUUACCGGCCAAAACGGAAACGCCGGUCAUUAUGGUGGGUCCCGGUACCGGUUUGGCUCCUUUCCGCGGCUUCAUCCAGGAGCGGGACUUUAACAAACAGGAAGGAAAGGAAAUCGGUAAAACCAUCCUGUACUUUGGCUGCCGGAAGCGCGCCGAGGACUUCAUCUAUGAGGAGGAACUGGAGGAUUACGUCAAGCGGGGCGUAAUUGAGCUUCGAGUGGCAUUCUCCAGAGAUCAGGCACAGAAGGUCUACGUCACACAUCUACUAGAGGAAGACCAGAACCUGCUGUGGAGUGUGAUAGGCGAAAACAAGGGCCACUUCUACAUUUGUGGUGACGCCAAAAAUAUGGCCACCGACGUGCGGAACAUUCUGCUCAAGCUGCUGCAGAGCAAAGGUAACAUGAGCGAGAGUGAAGCCCAGCAGUACAUCAAGAAGAUGGAAGCGCAGAAGCGGUACAGUGCCGACGUGUGGAGUUAAUCUUUACGGACAGCUGAUAGACGCGCGGUCAUCCUGUUAUAAUCCUGUCAAUAUCACCCAACCUAACCAAUCCACAACACACCACGCUCAUCCUAUCCUGGAAGCAGCAGCGAGCUGCCAGCAUGCCGGCAUCAUCCAGACUUUUAUUAUUUCGUUCCGCAAGCGAGUGUGUCCGGCAUCUUAAAAGUGUAAUCCCCCCUUCCUUUUUUCAUUUCUAUUUAGUGUUUAUUUUAAAACCAUCGAUCAACUUCUCUAGGAUAUCGAAUAGCUUUCCAAGUUUCGUUUUGGGUUUCCUUUUUUUAAACAAAUCAAAACAAAAGUUAAAAACCACUGUAUUCCUACUUGUUGCGUUGUUCGGUUCCCAGGAUUUUUUUGUCAGAGGGAAGCAUUCUACAGUGAUACAAUAACUGCAUGUGAACGAUUUGUGUGUAUAAGAGUUUAUUAACAAAACAUUCUAAAGCAGAAGUAAUGCAACGGUACCACCACAGACAGGUUGCGUUUAGUUAUUAUGAUAAUAAUUGAUAAAAGGAAACAAAUUACUGAUAGGACGGAGUUUGAGAAAGUUUAAACAAUUUAUUAUUGAAAAAAAAAAAAACAACAAACAAAACAAUCAGGAGCGAGGUUGGUGCGUAGAAUUGUGUUGAGUUCUUUCGGUACAGUACUCGGAAGAUAGAUAUGUAACUAUAGAGCAUUAAUAGACAACUAUUAAACAAACAAACAAAUAAAAACUGUGACGGAUAAGUUGAAUGUUGUUAGCCGUUAGCGAAAAAAGGGAUGCAAUAUAGAUUUUUGGAGAUAUAUUUGAUGGUAGCUGAA